AUGAAGCACGAGUACGGAGUACUUCUUCGAUGGCAGCCUGUCGAAGCCUACGGUCGAGCCAGAGCCAUCAUCACUCGAGAGACGGCGAGAGAGAAGCGCUCCCAGAGAGCUGCACGACGUGUUUCAAACUCUGCACUGCACCGGGGGCCAUGGCCAUCAUUCCAGCAACAAGACAGGUUCAAGCAGCUCGCCAUCCCUGUCUGGCAGCCCUGGUCAGGAUCUCGAUGGCGUGCAGGGAUACGAAGCUCUCUCUGCUCUCUGUUUCCAUGGCAGCUCUCUGUCUCUGUCUCUCUCUCUGCGCUGGGCUGGUGGCUCCAAUAA